AGCCUGCAUGGAUUCCAGCCUUCCCUCAGCUCAUUCAUGGGAAUGGACUGGCCAGUGCGCAGUCUCUGGCCGGAGAUCACAUCUCUUUACAGACACGGAGAGGAACUGCAGGAGCUGAAGAGAAGCCUGGAGCAGCUGGAGAAACUUCAGGAUAAGAUCCUUGAGGAGAUCCAACUGAUGCCACCCUCACAGGAGAUCUACCCAGUGGCCUGCACAAUGGAGAAAGAGGGAAGCGGCUUUGCUUUGACGCUGGACACUAAAGACUUUUCCCCAGAAGAACUGUCAGUCAGACAGGUGGGCAGGAAGCUGCAUGUCAGCGGAAAGAGUGAGAAGAAGCAGGAGGAUGGGAAGGGCUCGUACUCUUUCAGAACCCAAGAGUUCAGGCGGGUGUUUGAUCUUCCUCAAGGAGUGAAUCCUGAGGCGUUGACCUGCUCCAUGGCUGAUGGAAAGCUCUAUAUACAGGCACCAGUAAAUCAGCCGUCAGAUGCCGCUGAGAGGAUGCUGCCCAUUGACUGUCAAACUGUGAAGACAACGCAGCCGGAGACAGCCGACACCAGCACCACCCAGACGACAGUCAACAAUCCUGAAAGCACUGAGCACAGAGUACAACCCUCAGCUGGACAAUCUUAA